CUUUGAGCCCCGGAUGUAAACAACUCCCCCCCCCAACUUUCUCCCCAGGUGGGAGCGUCGAAAGCAUCCCAAACGUCCAAGCUUUCUCAACCUAGCUUAGUUGCGGCGAUUGGGCAAGAAGGGAAACGUCGGUUAGAGAAGCGGGAGAGGGACAGCCACCCCCAGCAGUGUUGCCAACCGCCCUGCUUGCCUGCGGAUUGGAUCCGACAGCCGUACACGCCCGCCUCCCCUGGCCGACCAUUGGCUGUCAGGGCGGCGGCCGGUGAGAGGGUCCUAAAUAUUGGUAAGGGAGGGGGAGAAAACGAGGCUGUUCAACGGCAAGCAGGAAUUUAGAAUUUAGAACAGUAAUGGCUGCCGAAUCUCCCCGCCGUCCAAGCCGAUGUACCGGAGGUGUGAUAGUCCGGCCACAGGCUGUUACGGAGCAGUCCUACAUGGAAAGUGUUGUCACAUUUCUGCAAGAUGUCGUACCACAGGCUUAUAGCAGUACAGCUCCAACAGAAGAAAAAGAGAAAAUAGUUUGGAUCAGAUUUGAAAAUUCUGACUUGAACGAUACGUUAAGGAAUGUGGAGCUGCAUGAGAUGCACAGCACGGGGAACGAGCCCCCUCUUCUGCUCAUGAUUGGCUACAGUGACGGGAUACAGAUAUGGAGCAUACCUAUUAGUGGAGAAGCUCAAGAACUUUACUCUAUCCGACACGGUCCUGUCCGAGCAGCCCGGGUUCUGCCAUCCCCACAGAUCUAUCGCGAGAAGAGUGAUAACUUUGCUGAGAAGAGACCUCUCCUUGCUGUGUGCAAAAGCAUCGGAUCUUCUGGCACCAGCGCUCCUUACUGCUGCGUGGAUCUCCAUUCUUUGAGAACAGGGGAAGUAGUCAAAUCUGUGCAGUUCAAAACACCUAUUUAUGAUCUCCACUGCAACAGAAGGAUUCUUGUUGUUGUCUUGCAAGAGAAGAUUGCUGCCUUCGACAGCUGCACUUUCACUAAAAAAUUCUUUGUCACAAGUUGCUAUCCUUGUCCAGGGCCCAAUAUGAACCCCAUAGCUCUAGGAAGUCGGUGGCUGGCCUAUGCGGAAAACAAGCUGAUUCGUUGCCAUCAGUCCCGGGGCGGAGCUUGUGGCGAUAACAUUCAGUCCUACACAGCCACAGUCAUCAGCGCAGCCAAAACCAUCAAAACUGGGCUCACCAUGGUUGGAAAAGUGGUCACCCAGCUGACGGGCACUUCGCCAUCAGGAGCAGCAGAAGAAGAAAUCUUGGCGCACACCAAUAGCCGACGCAGCCCCUUGGUCCCCGGAAUCGUCACGGUUAUUGAUACUGAGAUGGUCGGAGAAGGACAGGUGCUGGUGAGCGAGGACUCCGACAGUGACGGCAUCGUAGCUCACUUCCCGGCCCACGAGAAGCCCAUUUGCUGCAUGGCUUUCAACCCCAGCGGCAUGCUCCUGGUCACAGCAGACACCCUGGGCCACGAUUUCCACAUUUUCCAAAUCCUCACCCACCCUUGGUCGUCCUCUCAAAGCGCCGUCCAUCAUUUGUACACGCUACACCGCGGGGAGACUGAAGCCAAAGUGCAAGACAUCGCCUUCAGCCACGACUGCCGGUGGGUGUCGGUCAGCACCCUCCGAGGCACCUCCCACGUCUUCCCCAUCAACCCCUACGGAGGGCAGCCCUGUGUACGGACUCACCUGUCAUCCCGGGUCGUCAACCGUAUGAGCCGCUUCCAGAAGAGCGCGGGGCUGGAGGAGAUCGAGCAAGAGCUGACCACCAAGCAAGGAGGGCGCUGCAGUCCCGUGCCGGGCCUUUCCAGCAGCCCGUCUGGCUCCCCUCUCCAUGGGAAAUUGAACAGUCAAGAUUCUUAUAACAAUUUCACCAACAAUAAUCCGGGAAACCCUCGGCUGUCCCCACUUCCAAGCCUGACUGUGAUGUUGCCACUUGCUCAGAUCAAGCAACCCAUGACUCUGGGAACCAUCACGAAGCGCACAGGCAAAAGCAAACCGGCUCCACAAAUUUCACCCAGCAAAUCUGUCGGAGGAGAAUUCUGCGUCGCGGCGGCCUUCGGCUCAUCCCGCUCGUGGUUUACGAGCAAUCCUGCCCUUAAAAGAGACAAAGAUCAAUCCAAGCAGUUCGUGGUCGAGUCUUUGUACAUCAUCAGCUGCUAUGGGACUCUGGUGGAGCACGUCCUGGAACCCCGACCUCUUAGCACCACCCCUAAGAUCAGCGAUGACACCCUACUGGAAAUGGUGACAUGCCCGAGGGCUAGCUGGACCCUCAUCAGAACUCCCCAGUGGAAUGAACUGCAGCCGCCUUUUAACUUGAAUCCUGCUCUGGCUGCAGAUUCCGUGCAGUGCUACCAAUAUCUCCUUCUUGGCUUAGUUCCGCUGGGAAGCCCAGGACCGAUCACCCGCCAUGAAUCCUAUGACAGCUUAACUUCUGAUCACAGUGGACAAGAAGAUGAAGAGUGGCUUUCUCAGGUGGAAAUUGUGACCCACACCGGACCUCACCGCCGCCUCUGGAUGGGCCCGCAGUUCCAGUUCAAGACUAUUCAUCCUUCCGGCCAAACCAUCGUGAUUUCCUCCAGUUCUUCCGUGCUUCAGUCCCACGGGCCCAGCGACACCCCGCAGCCUCUCCUGGAUUUUGACACCGAUGAUUUGGAUUUGGACAGUCUCAGAAUCCAGCCUGUCCGUUCUGAGCCCGUUAGCAUGCCCGGGUCUUCGCGCCCGACUUCCGAUCUACAGGGAGGGUCUUCAGGAACGGAUGCUACCUCAGACCAGGAGUUCGCCGUGUGCCAGCUCUCCAGUCUUUACUGUCUCUCUCAGCUAAACUACUCAUCGACCGAUGCACAUAAACCAUGGGAUUUGUAGUCCCCCACUACUCAAAAGACCAUCACCUGCCAAUUCCUUCCAAUCCCUAAGAUGAGCCGUCAAAGUUUAGCUUUGCGGAAAACGUUUUCCUUCCUUUUACACGAAGACUGAAACCAGCCCAAGAAUGAGGCAG